UUAAAUCUAAACCCAGUAGACCCUUAAAACAGGGCUUCUUCUACUCUGCGCAUCAAGCCUGACCUCAGGAAAUGGAGAUGGGUUGCUUUUGGAUUAGGCGAUUGUGGAUGGGCACCAGUUCCAUGCUUCUGCUAAAGCCUUCCAUGGCCGCCGCCGCCGCCUCCUGCGCAACCUUUAAUGUUACUUCUCUUCCUUCUACUAAGGCUCGCACCCUCAUUUCUCUCGUAUCCUCUCGCCAUCGCUCGUCCUCAAGAUUCGCCUCUUCUUCUGCUUCACUUCCCGCCAUUUCUAUCGACGAAGACGACUUUGAUGAUCCUUCUCGUUCCGGCUGCUGCGAUGUGAACGAGAAUUUAAAGGGCUCCAACAAGGUUCUUCUUAAGGGAAUGGGAUAUGCUGAAUUUGAAGGAUGGGUUCAGUCAAACGGAUACAGGCCUGCUCAGGCUUUAAUGCUGUGGAAACGCCUCUACGGGCUUGAUAUCUGGGCACAUUCUAUUGAUGAACUUGAUGGUUUGAACAAGAAUUUCAAGAAAAUGUUGAGUGAGCAUGCAGAGUUCAAGGCAUUAUCUUUAAGAGAGAUUCUCACUGCAUCUGACGGUACUAGAAAGAUUUUAUUCACAUUAGAUGAUGGGCUUGUAAUAGAAACAGUUGUAAUACCUUGUGAUAAGGGAAGGAACACUGUUUGUGUUUCAAGUCAAGUGGGUUGUGCCAUGAAUUGUCAGUUCUGCUACACUGGGAGGAUGGGUUUGCGGAGGCACUUAACUGCGGCUGAGAUUGUAGAGCAGGCUGUGUUUGCACGGCGCUUGCUCUCAAGUGAAGUUGGCCCUAUAACGAAUGUUGUGUUUAUGGGGAUGGGAGAACCGCUUCAAAACAUUGAAAAUGUCAUAAAAGCUGCAAACAUAAUGGUGCACGAUCAAGGUCUUCAUUUCAGUCCUCGCAAGGUUACUAUUUCAACCAGUGGGCUAGUUCCUCAGCUGAAACGUUUUCUCCAUGAAUCCAAUUGUGCUUUAGCAGUUAGUUUGAAUGCAACAACUGAUGAGGUUAGGAACUGGAUUAUGCCAAUUAACCGGAAGUACAAGUUAAACUUGCUUUUGGGGACCCUUCGGGAAGAACUUCGUUGUAGACACAACUACAAAGUUCUAUUUGAAUAUGUGAUGCUUGCUGGAGUAAAUGACAGUUUGUUGAGCCAGAAGACCCCUCCUCCUGUUGCGUCUAAUACUUCAACCACCAUUAAUAUUUGAUUCCGGUGCGCAGCGUGGAGGAUGCAAAGCGGCUGAUCAAUCUCGUCCAGGGCAUUCCCUGCAAGAUCAAUCUCAUCUCGUUCAACCCUCACAGCGGGUCCCAGUUCAAACCAACCAGCGAAGAGAAAAUGGUCAGGUUCCGAAAUGUCCUUGCUGAAGCCGGGUGCAUUGUGUUUUUGCGACUCAGCAGAGGCGAUGAUCAGAUGGCAGCGUGUGGUCAGCUGGGGAAUCCCGGGGAAACUAAACCACCAAUGCUUCGAGUACCACCACAAUUUCGAACGGCCGUGGAAGCAUCAAUCUGAUUGGUGUUGAGAGAGAUUGCCGUCUAAUUGACAGGAAACGAAACAUCUGCAUGUACACUUUGAUGCUGUAGGAUAAUAGGUAUUAUAGUUGCUUUUCUUCUUAUGCACUAUGCAUUGAUAUUUGAUUCUGGUUGCCUUUCUUCUUGAGCAAGAUGUGUUGAAAGGAUGGCAUGGUUACGACCUGCACUACAAAAGAAAAAAGAGUGGCCAUCGCUUGAAAUUGGAUAGAACAGACGCUUUUGGAUGGAUUGGGACAAAAGAGUGGUGCAAGACACCUCAUUUUGUGGGAUCGAAUAUAAUAAAAGAAAAUAUAUUAUUAUUA